UUUGUUUGGUGUCAUGUUUAGAGUGGUACCGUAAACAUUCUUCUUGGUGUGUAACCAUGUCUGCAACAUUACUGCUGUCUUCCGACUGAAGUAAAUUGCUACGUCUUUUGACACUAAUAGUGGAAUAGUCUUCGAAUUACAGCCAAGUUUCGUCAAAUGGCCAAAAAUGUAAACCCUCGAUCAAAAUCAGCCCACUCCCGCUGUCGUCUGAUUAAUUCUAAACGAUGCACUGAGCUUAUCACAGCAGCCGAUUUACUGAAGAAUGGUGGGCUUGUGUGUGUCCCCACCGAUUCGGUUUAUUCCAUAGCGGCUUCAACGGACUUUCCCGCCUCGAUUCAAAAGAUUUUUGUCGUGAAAAACCGACCAAUGGAUCGUUCCCUCUGCCUGUGCCUAUCUGGUGUUGACGAGUUGGCCGCUGCUAAACCGCCCUUCAGUAAACUCCUGUGGGCCUUCAUCAGAAAAUCUUGCCCAGGUCCUACCGGCAUCGUGGUACCUAAAGGCGAAUGGCUGCUGAAUAUAAUGUCUGAGAAAGCACUGGACAUGAUAGGGAAUAAGAAAAGUAUUUGUAUUCGAAUACCGGACCACACGGUGCUGUCCCACCUCAUCAGUCUGGCCGGACCUGUGGCUAUAUCGUCUGCUAACAUCAGCGGCAGCGACGAGAGUACUCACCACGAUAUGGUGCAGGAGGCUUUGGGGGAAAAGGUGGAUGCUAUAGUGUGUGACGGCUUCUCGCUAGAAACUGCAGCUUCUAGUAUCGUCAACUGUCUGGACAUCGACGAAGAUAUCAUCAGCUACUUCCGGAUAGGAUGCACGCCUCAAGAAGAAAUUUAUGCAAAUUUUAAAGCGGCGAAGGUGCACGUGUCAAGCGUGGAUACUCGGACAAGGGAGAGAGCAAAAUCUAGUAAGCGAAGGGACUUCGAUAACAGAGACUAGAGGAAAAAAACAAUGAUAAGAAAAUUGAGGUGAAGUCGUCAACAACAGAGGCAAAGAUUACAGAGUAGAAAAAGAUACAAAUACAAUAUAUGAAGUGAAGCUGAUUGAAGAAAAACCGAAUUCAUUUUAACAUGAAAUUAAAAGUAAAAUAAAUCAGUAUUAACGGCCCUUUGUGUCAUGUGCAACGAAAGGAAAACUUGCUUGGCUGAUAUUAGAUCAAUACUCAUUAUAUUUCUUUUUUAAAACAAAACAAAUAUUAGAUGUCUGUAUCUAUAAUAGUAACAGUAAAUGUAUCAUAUGUAUAAUACUUUCAGUAAUCAAUUAACGAUGCAUGUUUAAAUUACUAUCCUUUAAAAACCAUAACCAAAUUGAAAGAGUUUUUGUUUGUUGAAGACAUUGUUAUCAUUACCUUUGUCUUCAUGAAUGAU